AUGUCUUCGCCCCCUUUAAUCUCUCCCAGACCAUCGUUACCGGCCCUAGACUCAGCCUAUCGCCGCUCCCAAUCCCAAAUCAUUGUCCCCGACGCUCCAAUGACACCCCCCAUGUCUCCGGGACAGAGUGAAUCCGGCGAAGAAGCCAUCGUUAUCGACGCAGUCCCUCGCUAUAGCGGUCCCGAUAUUCACUUUGACCAAGCACGCGCCAUGGAGGUUGAACCAAUCACGGUUGCGCCCCAGCCUCAACAUCCACUCAGACUGCUUCAAGAUGAGCAGGUCCACUUACAAAGAAGUGGUCUUCGUCUCACCGAUUUCGAAGUACGUGGAACUCUCGGCACUGGCACUUUCGCUCGUGUUUUGCUUGUUCGCCACCGUGGAGCAGCUACUCCGGGCUCCCAGAAUUACUUUGCCAUGAAAGUUCUGCGCAAGGCCGAGAUUGUUCGUCUCCGCCAAGUCGAGCACGUUAAUGCGGAGCGCUACAUUCUUUCUCGGGUCCAGCAUCCCUUUGUGGUAGACCUCUUCGCCACCUUCCAGGAUAGUCUCAACGUCUACAUGUUGAUGUCUUAUGUCCCUGGCGGAGAACUGUUUACCCAUUUGCGGCGUGCUCAGCGCUUCACGCCUGACGUGACACGGUUCUAUCUCGCCACCAUCAUUCUUGCCCUCAAAUAUUUACACUCCUUUAACAUCAUUUACCGUGACCUCAAGCCGGAGAAUCUUCUCCUCGACUCUCGGGGCUACCUUCGGCUUACCGACUUUGGUUUUGCCAAAAUCGUGGACGAUCGGACUUGGACUCUUUGCGGGACCCCCGAAUACCUCGCGCCUGAGAUAAUUCAGUCUGAUGGCCACGGCAAGGCCGCUGACUGGUGGGCGUGCGGUGUUUUGUGCUACGAGAUGCUUGUCGGCUAUCCGCCGUUCUUCGACGAGUCUCCUUAUGGCAUCUACGAAAAGAUUCUCAAGGGCCAAAUCAUCUGGCCUAAAAGUAUGGAUCCGCUCUCCAGGUCACUGAUCAAAGCCUUCCUUAACCCCGACCGCACCAAGCGACUGGGAAAUAUGAAUGGGGGACCCCAGGACAUUCUGGAUCACCCUUGGUUCAGAGGUGUGGACUGGGAUGCUCUGGAGCGUCGGGAAAUCAAUGCUCCCAUUGUCCCCCAUACUUCUUCCAUCGACGACACACGCCAUUUCCUGCAUCUCCCGUUACCGCGAGCAGAGGAAAUGCCUGGACUUAUGCGCGAAGAGCUGCAGCCCCCAGUCCAUGAAAGAUUCGAUCCCAUCGCCUACCAUUUCGUCGAAUUUUGA